GCCGGCCGGGAGUACCGGUUGACGCAGCGCUGCCGCCACGGGAUGCCGGACAGGUGGUUCGACGGCAAGGCGACGGAGCCCGAGGUCACCGCCAGCACGGCCACGGCGUGCGCGAGGCUCAUCGGCGGCGUCUGCCGCAACGGGGCCGGCUACCCCAGCAGGGAAGACGGGGAGUACCGCAGAGCCGGCAUGGUGAACUUCAGGAUAGCCCGAACGGGCCUGGACAACAACGUUGCGAAGCAGCUGGAUACCAGUGCCCCGCGCUUGGAGCUGCACCGCGUGACCCGCAAGGAGCUGGCGGACACCGUGGGGCGGGCCGCCGUCGCGGAGGAGCCGGCCGGGCGGGAGGCAGUGAACAGAUACAUGGAGGUGGUCGCCACCAUCCUGGCGGUUCUCGUCGAUGAGAUCGCGGCGACCGCCCCAGCCGCAGAGGCAGUGGUCGUCAUCGCUCCGCGGGACGAGCUGCGCUCGCUGGGGCGCCUCGAGCCCGCCUGCGGGGAGGCGGAGCUAGGCGGCGGCGGCAGCGUCCGCGACCCGGCCUUCGCCGAGCGGCUGCUGCGGGUCUCCAGGAGGCCUGCCGGCGCGCCCCUCGACGUGGCGGUCGUGGUCGAUUACCUCAGCGGCGAGGUCCUCGCCUCCGGCGACAGCUCUCGCCGCGGCAGCAGCGCCCCGCCAGCCCAGGUCACGGCGCAGCUGGACGCCCUCCGCGCCGAGCUCUUGGCCUCGGUGCAGAAAAAUGACAUCCGAGAGAUACGGGCUGCGCUGGAGCUCCAGCGCACUGUCGACCCGACCGUGCUCAUCACCACGUGCACGCUGCAGACGGCGAAGGCUCAGGCUGAAGCUGCUCUGGACCAAUGGCUGGCUGCUUGCAACACGGACGACUCCGACUACCAGCUCGAGGGCGACCCGACGGGCGCCCGCUUCAAGAUGUAG